UUUUUUUUUUUAACACGAAUGACUUUGCGUUUGUCAAAAGAAAAAAAAAAAAAACCACAGAAAUUAAGACUACUUACAAAAAUUAAACGAGAAAAAUCAUAUUAAUGGACAAAGAGAUCUAAACAAAUGGCCAGCAUUGGAAGUGAAAAAAGGACAGUUAGAAGAACGCACAGUUUCAACAGCUCUGCUGUGUAAAGAGCAAAUGAGACAAUUGCCUAUAAUCUCUGCACUUUUUUGCUCUCAUUCGUUAACAACAACAAAACGAACUGUGUUUCGUUAUUGCCUUUAAUACGUGAGUGCGUGUCGUGGAGUGUAACUCUAUAUUUUCGAAUUUGUCUUUUUUUUUUUUCGUUUAUCGGACAAACCUUGCUUAACGUAUAUUCGUUUUAAUUAAACCAACAUAUAUACAAAAAUGAUGAAAAUGGAGACUGAUAAAAUUAUGGAUGAGACCAAUUCUAACGCGCAACCUUUCACAUCGACUAUGCUUUAUGACCCAGUUCGUAAGAAAGAAUCCUCGCCCACAUUUCAAGUUGAACGUGAAACCUGCUUAACAUACUUUUCACAAUGGAAUGAAGCAGAUCAAGUGGAUUUUGUUGAGCAACUUUUAUCACGUAUGUGUCAUUAUCAACAUGGUCACAUAGAUGCUUUCCUCAAACCUAUGCUGCAAAGGGAUUUCAUAUCAUUGUUGCCCAAGAAGGGCUUGGAUCACAUUGCUGAAAACAUUCUCGCGUAUUUGGAUGCCGACUCUUUGAAAGCUGCCGAAUUGGUAUGCAAAGAAUGGUUGCGUGUCAUUUCAGAAGGAAUGCUCUGGAAGAAAUUAAUUGAGCGUAAAGUGCGCACUGAUUCAUUGUGGCGUGGUUUGGCCGAACGUCGCGGUUGGAUACAGUAUUUAUUUAAACCCAGACCUGGUACAACGCAUCGGCCACAUUCAUUUUAUCGCGCCUUAUUUCCCAAAAUUAUGAAUGACAUCGAAAGUAUUGAAAAUAAUUGGCGAACCGGACGUCAUAUGUUGCGUCGCAUUAAUUGUCGUUCAGAAAAUUCAAAAGGUGUAUACUGCCUGCAAUACGAUGAUGUUAAAAUUGUAUCAGGCCUACGUGAUAAUACCAUAAAAGUGUGGGACCGUACAGAUUUGCAAUGUGUUAAGACGCUUACUGGUCACACUGGGUCAGUGUUGUGUCUUCAAUACGAUGAUAAAGUCAUAAUAAGCGGCUCUUCAGACUCGACUGUACGCGUAUGGGAUGUUAAUUCUGGUGAGAUGGUUAACACGCUUAUACAUCAUUGCGAAGCCGUACUGCAUCUGCGAUUUAACAAUGGUAUGAUGGUCACCUGCUCAAAGGAUCGUUCAAUUGCCGUCUGGGAUAUGACAUCACCCAGCGAGAUAACAUUGCGUCGAGUUUUAGUUGGUCAUCGUGCAGCCGUGAAUGUCGUCGACUUUGAUGAAAAAUAUAUAGUAUCAGCUAGCGGUGAUCGCACAAUCAAAGUUUGGUCAACGUCUAGUUGCGAAUUUGUACGUACUCUCAAUGGCCACAAACGUGGUAUUGCCUGUCUACAAUAUCGCGACCGCUUGGUGGUUAGCGGAAGCUCAGAUAAUUCUAUAAGGCUCUGGGAUAUUGAAUGCGGUGCUUGUUUACGCGUACUAGAGGGUCAUGAGGAAUUAGUGCGCUGUAUACGCUUCGAUUCGAAACGCAUUGUUAGUGGCGCGUAUGACGGUAAAAUCAAAGUUUGGGAUUUAGUUGCCGCUCUAGAUCCGCGUGCACAAUCCAAUUCCUUAUGUCUGAAUACAUUGGUGGAACAUACCGGCCGUGUUUUUCGUUUGCAGUUCGAUGAAUUUCAAAUUGUUAGCAGCUCACACGAUGACACUAUUUUGAUAUGGGAUUUUUUAAAUUUUACUCCUAAUGAAAAUACAACAUGCCGUACCCCUUCACCUGCCCUUAUGGAGCAUUAACUGUUCUACAUUGGAUUAGAUGAUUACUGAAGAAGAACAAGAAGAAGAAGAAGAA